AUGUCUUAUGCUACUAUAGUCUCUUUCCUUCUCUUCACUUUCACAUUCACAUAUCUUUCAUUCAAUUUUUUCUUACAUCCAAAACAAAAACACAAGAAGCCACCAGGUCCAUCAACAUUGCCAAUAAUCGGAAACCUUCACCUGUUAGGCAAACUUCCACAUCGAACACUUCAAUCACUCUCCAAAAAAUAUGGUCCAAUCAUGUCCAUGCAACUUGGUCAAGUCCCAACUGUUGUCAUUUCAUCUUCAAAAGCGGCAGAGUUAUUCCUCAAAACACACGACAUUGUUUUCGCAAACCGACCAAAUAUUCAGGCGUCUAAACUCAUGUCUUACGGUUCCAAAGGGGUAGGGUUUACUGAAUAUGGUCCUUAUUGGCGUAGUAUGAAGAAACUUUGCACUUUGAAGCUUCUUAGUGCUUCCAAAGUUGACAUGUUUGCUCCUAUAAGAAAACAUGAGUUGGAUGUUUUGGUUAAAUCAUUGAAGAAAGCUGCUUUGGUGGGUGAGGUUGUGAAUGUUAGUGAGGCUGUUGAGACUUCGAUUGAAGAUAUUAUGUAUAAGAUGAUAUUGGGAAGAAGUAAGUAUGAACAAUUUGACCUGAAGAGGCUGGCUAAACAAGCAAUGCAUUUAAUGGGAGCUUUUAAUGUAGCUGAUUAUGUUACUUGGUUGGGCCUUUUGGAUCUUCAGGGAAUAACACGAGCUUGCAAGAAAACAAGUAGAGAACUUGAUGAAGUGUUGGAGGUGAUAAUAACAGACCAUGAAAAUGCUACUAAUGUAGACCAACCUCAUCGUGAAGACUUUGUAGACAUACUUCUUUCAACAAUGCAUCAAAAUGUUGAUUUAGAAAAUGAACAAAAUCAUGUCACCAAUCGUACUAACAUCAAAGCAGUUUUAGUAGACAUGAUUUUAGCCGGAAUUGAUACUUCUUCAACCGUAAUUGAGUGGCUGUUAUCUGAGCUUUUAAGGAAUCCAAGAGUCAUGAAAAAUCUUCAAGAUGAAAUACAAAAUGAGGUAGGAUUUAUGAGAAUGGUUGAAGAAAAAGAUUUGAAGAAGUUUAGUUACUUAGAUAUGGUUGUUGAUGAGAUAUUAAGACUAUAUCCAGUUGGACCUUUGUUAAUUCCUCGUGAAUGUAUAGAGAAUAUAACAGUUGAUGGUUACUUUAUAAGGGAAAAAACACGAGUUAUAGUAAAUGCAUGGGCAAUAGGGAGAGAUCAUGAUGUGUGGUCACAAAAUGCAGAAGAAUUUUAUCCUGAAAGAUUUAUUGACAAGAAAAUGAAUUUUUAUGGACAAGAAUUUGAGUGUAUACCAUUUGGUUCUGGUCGGAGACGUUGUCCUGGAAUUCAUUUGGGAUUGGUUACGGUCAAAUUGGCUAUAGCUCAAUUGGUGCAUUGUUUUGAUUGGAAACUUCCCCAUAAUAUUACUCCUUCCGAUUUGAACAUGGAAGAGAAAUUUGGACUCAGUAUACCUAGAGCUCAACACUUGUUCGCAAUACCGAGUUAUCGAUUGGCAAGUGAUGAGGAAUUUGAAUAG